AUGUAUGCCAUUGGACAUAGCGUUGAAGUAGAAAAUGUUACAAAUUUGUAUUUCCGCGAUUACUAUUUGAAAGAUUUCAAAUAUAUAGGUCAUGAAGCGUUACGGGGGAACAGUGGAAACGUAUACAAAAACGCCAAUAAGUUAAAAGGUAAAGGUGGAGCAGUGACAUGUCAGUCGCUUUGGAAGAUAUGGGGUAGAGAAGUGUUGAGAGGCGUGAAACAGUUUUUUUAUGAUGGAUCCCUGCAUGGGGUCAGAUAUAUCUUCGAGCCAACGUUCAGCAGAAAGGAGCGCGCCGCCUGGAUCCUCAUUGUCAUCAUCAGCGUAGCAAUAUGUGCCGUCAACAUCAUCCAGCUGGUUCUCAAGUGGACUUCUACACCGUUCGUCAAUGUUCUAGACUCAUUGCCUACACCUAUAUGGGCCGUGCCUUUCCCAACGGUGAUUCUGUGCCCACAUUUACAUGUCAAGCUAUCCUUUGCGAAUGUUUCAAAUCUGGAAGGAUUAGAUCAACUGUUUGCUUCAUUUGUUUGUCCUCGCCUAUCUAGCAACAAAAAUAUAUCACAGCAUCAACUUAGUCCAAAUGAAAAUGCGUUGCUGCAGAACUUCAUUGAUAAGGGUUCUCUAAAAUGCACUGACAUCAUCAAGAAAUGCAACUGGCCCGCCAAACAUUAUAUUAAUUGGGUGGGGAGAGAAUGUUGCGAUGAAUUAUUUCGACCAAUUUUCACAGAAUAUGGUCUUUGUUACGCCUUCAAUAGUUUAGCUCUGAAUGGAAUGACCAAUGACACAUUGGAGUGGCAUAAGACAUUUGAUAACCGAGCGACAGCUACCAAGAUAAAGUGGAACUUGGAUGGAGGGUAUCCUCUUAUGUUUCCUCCUGAUCCGAAGUUGCAGCCGCUUAGGGUGAUGGUCGCAGGAGAAGCAUACGGCCUGGGUGUGGAACUCUUUUUGAAUAAUAGCGAACACCAAUAUGCGUGUGAUGGGAAUAGUUUGGGCUUUACUGUAUUGAUUAGAUCCCCGACAGACCACGCUUACACGACUACAGUCCUUCGUCUCCCUAUGGACAAGAUGACAACUAUCGAAGUAUCCCCGAUCACAUACAAAACGGACACUGCACUGAGGAAUCUACAUCCGGAACUACGGCAAUGCUACUUUCAAAACGAAAGAAAACUGGAACACUUUCAUUUCUAUACGGCGACAAAUUGUAAAAUCGACUUUUACAUACAAGAAGCGAAGUUGCGUUGCAAUUGUUCGCUUUAUUAUUGGCCAAGAAAGAACAUUCGAGAUCGUAUUUGUUCCACUCCAAUAGAUUACGAAUGUGUUUACAAAGUUAAAGAUAUAGUAACGGAACAGCAAAUAUUUGCGUACUACGAUGACUGUGAAGAAGGUAAAGCGUCCAAGAGCAGCACUACAUCCUGCCAUCCCUCAUGUAACGAGGUCAUGUACGGCUGCCAGGUGUUCUACUCCGAUCUUGUCAAGGAACCUGGUGAUAUAACCCCUUCAUGGGGAAAGCCGAUAAAGGGAGAGUUAACACAGAUCAAUGUCCAUUUCUAUGAAGACAUGUUCCUUGGACAACAUCGUCACACUCAGUAUGACGACUAUUACUUUGUUGGUGCUAUUGGAGGACUUUUGAGUUUAUUUCUUGGAUUCAGCAUCAUCAGCGUAGCAGAACUGUUAUAUUUUGUACUCCUUCGACCUCUGUACAUGAUCCUGAAAAAAAAUUAUUGA